AUGUCGAAUAGCAUUGUGGACCUGGCUUCUGUUCCGAAAUGGAGCGAUGCCGGUCCACAAUGGAUGGAAGAAAUGCCUUUACCGCGUAGACUUCAUGCAAAUAUUAGGCCUUGUCCCGAAAUCAAUAAUCUUAUAUCUAUAUGGAAAUGCGGUGAUUCCACUCGUCUUAAAUGCGACGCUGUUAUAAACAGAACAGACAAUAACUUCUCAUCAGGGGGAGCCCUUUUUACAAGUAUUAAUAAUGCUGCUGGACCACAAUUAGCACAGGCAUGCCGUCAAAUUGGGCACUGCGAUGAUUGCAAUACAGUUGUUACACCUGGUUUUUCGCUUCCUGCAAAAUAUGUAAUACACACCGUCGGUCCAACAGGCGAUGAUGACCCGGAGCUUGAAUCCACCAUGGAUUCGGUUUUUUCGCAUAUUGAUGGAGAGUCGAUACGUUCUAUUGGCAUGGCUCCAUUUUUCAUUGAAAAUAAUGGAUUUUCGCUCGGACAUGCAACUCAAAUUGCAUUUUCAAAAACUCGAAAAUUCCUAGAGAAUCCAGAAAACAGACAGAAAGUUGACAGAAUAGUUUUUAUAGUUACCCAGCCUCAUAGUAUUCCAAUAUUCGUUAGAUUACUGUAUUUAUACUUCCCUAUAGAAGAAAUCGAAGUAGAUAGCGAAGUGGAUGGAGAUAUUAUAUUGGAAGAAGAGGAUGAAGAGUAUUAUUCUGAUUAUGAUGCAGAUGAAGAUAAUAUUAUGUUUGAAUUUAAUCAAGGAGAGUCUGAACCCGAACUUUGUGCUGUAAUCCCUCCUGGCUCUCAAAUUUCUUUGUAA